GCGCGCGCAGCUUAUCCGGCUGCAGACUUCCUGAAUCAGGGUUAGCUUGCGGCCGUUUUCGGGGGGGUGGGGUGUCGGGGGAGGGGGGUGUAGCAUGUAGAUGAGAGCCGGACACUCAGCGCAGGCGGCUUGGAGGUGACUUUCCCGAGAGGCGGACACGAUAAGAGGACUUUCGGUCGACAACAUGGACGUGUGGGCGGCCUUGGAGGUGUAUAAGGAGAUGGUCCUGCUGUACCUGGAGGAGGGCCGGCGGCAGGUCAACUCGCGCUGCGCGGACCUGGAGCCGUGGCAGAUCGUCGGAGCGACGGUCAUCACCACCCUGGGAGCCGUCUGGAUCAAAGGCUUCCUCUUCCAGCAAGAAAGUCUCCCGUCCCGAAUCAAGAAGCUGUGCUUUCGACUCAUCAGAAAAAUACCCUAUGUUGGCGCAACAAUCCAGAGCCAGCUCAACAAGGCUUUGGAUGACAUGUCUGCCAGUCUGUGCACUUUGAAGGAGGGGAUGAGCUACACUAAACAGCUGCCCUCUAAAGGCCUCUCUCAGAGCCAAGUGCUGGACAAAAUCAGAGAGUACGAGACUCUGAAUGAGGUGCAGUGGGAGAACGGAUGUGUUUCGGGGGCCGUGUACUGGGGUGAUGAAUCCCUGACCAAUCUCCUGGUGAAGGUAUAUGGAGAUUUUGCAUGGAGCAACCCACUCCACCCGGACAUCUUUCCUGGCGUGAGAAAGAUGGAGGCGGAGGUUGUCAGAAUGGCUUGCACACUCUUCCGCGGCGGACCGAGCUCCUGUGGCACAGUUACUUCAGGAGGAACUGAGAGCAUCCUGAUGGCCUGCAAGGCCUACAGAGACAUGGCGUAUGAACGCGGUGUGAAAUACCCUGAAAUUGUUGCGCCCGUGAGCGUCCACGCGGCCUUCGACAAAGCGGCGCACUACUUCGGGAUGAAGCUCGUUCACGUUCCCCUUGACGAGAAAAGCAUGAAAGUCGACGUGAAGGCUAUGAAGAGAGCCAUCAACAAGAACACCGCCAUGCUCGUGUGCUCGACGCCUCAGUUUCCUCAUGGAAUCAUAGAUCCCGUUGAGGAAGUCGCCAAGCUGGCUGUGCGCUACAACCUCCCGCUGCAUGUGGAUGCCUGUCUGGGAGGUUUUCUCAUCGUCUUCAUGGCCAAGGCCGGUUACCCGCUCGCCCCGUUCGACUUCAGGGUAAAAGGUGUUACGAGCAUCUCUGCUGACACCCACAAGUAUGGCUACGCCCCCAAAGGUUCCUCCGUGAUCCUCUACAGUGAUAAGAAGUACCGUCACUACCAGUACUUUGUAGCUCCAGACUGGCAGGGGGGAAUCUAUGCCUCGCCCUCUGUUGCCGGCUCCCGGCCCGGAGGAAUCAUCGCCGCCUGCUGGGCAACCAUGAUGCACAUGGGGGAGGACGGAUACAUCGACGCCACCAAGAAGAUCGUCAGCACGGCGCGCAAAAUCCAAAAAGCAAUCUGCAAGAUAAAUGGUGUGUUUGUGUUUGGGGAGCCAAAGGUGUCGGUGGUGGCAAUCGGCUCCGAUGUCUUUGAUAUUUUCCGUCUGUCUAAUGCGCUGACUUCAAAGGGCUGGAAUCUGAACACACUGCAGUACCCCUCAAGCAUCCACAUUUGUUGCACAGUUCUGCACACGAAGUCGGGCGUCGCUGAUCAGUUUGUCCGUGAUGUCAAAGAGCAGGUGGCCAUCAUCAUGAAGAACCCCAAAGAGAAAACCACAGGAAUGGGAGCGAUCUACGGCAUGGCCCAGUCCAUCCCCGACAGAUCCAUGGUGACGGAGAUCUCCCGGGGUUUCCUGGACUGUCUCUACAGCACUGAGGUGUCCAAGCCAAACACCAGCCAGAUGAACGGCAACGGCAAAGCCCACUGAAGCAGGACUGGGCCCCCCCUGAACCCCCCUGACCCCUCCGCACGCCUCCUCCAGAGCCCCUGAGCUUAGGGCCCGACGGUUGCCUUAUCUUGCAUACCUCCACCAUACUGAAAACAUCUGCAGAAGCACAAGCCAUCGUCAUUUAUUAUUGCUUUGUAACAUUGUGCCUAAGCGGCACAGAGAAGAAACGACUGGUUCCAAAUGAGUUUUGGUCUUUUCAUUUGAUUUUUAUUAAUGUAGUGGAAGUGCGUGUGCGUGUGUGUGUUUAUUUUAUUUGUUUGAAAAGUCCAUUUCAAUUCCACCUUUUUGUUAAAAUGCGAAUGUCUGUCAUAAUCUCAAUCAAUUCACAUAGCAAAAGCAUUCCUUUUUUUUAUACUGCCGGAACAUUUCAGCUUCCAUCAGCUUCGCCAUCUGUCAUGACUCAGCGAAAACACCGUUAGAGACGCUGUGCUGCCCUCUAGCGCCAGAGCGGAUGUACUGCUUUAGACUGAGUGGACGUGUGGAGGCCGGACGACGGUGAAAGUUCUCAUCCUCAUCAUCCCCAUCAUGUCAUAGAUGUCAAUGAGGAAAGCUUUUUACAUAAUUUUCUUUAUUUUUUUUUUAAUUGUAAAAGCGCUGCAAUGCCCUGCAAAGAACCAGUCGGGUUAAUCUGUGAAUCACUUGAAACAACCGCUCUGACGUUCUCGUCUUUGUGUCCUUGUCGGUUAGCACUUAGUGUGACGACGUCCCUUUUUUGAUUUUAAGUCUGCUUUCGGGAUUUGUAUCGCGGGAGCUUUUUUAAUAUUCGAUAAAAUUGUCUUUUUUUUUUUUUCUUUUUUAAAAAAAAACUUGUAACCAGGCCUUGAAUAUUGUGUAAAGCGGUGAGUAGAAGCCAAGGCUUUGUAGCCACGUUGGUUAUAUGUAAUUGUUUCUCCUGUUUGGUUCUUUUCCACUCAGGAGCUGGCUUGUGUGUUGACAUACUUUAACAAUCCAGGCUGAAGGCUGUUUCCAACCCGCUGUGUGUGUGAGAUCAACAAGCAGACGCUCCACAUGUCCUGCGUAGAGUCACCCGUGUACCACUCAAUCUACCUCAGUUUCUACUCAAUGCUUCCGCCAGUUAUUCAUCCACUGAAACGUAAACAAUUAACAAACCAUUAUAAAAGUGUUCUUGGACAUCCUGAAAGGAAACCGAUCCACUGUGAUGGAGUUUUUUUUUGUUGUUUAUCCACAGACUGACCGAUUCCAUAGUUGUGUUGGGAGAAACCCACUGAAUGUGGCUAUUUGUUUGGGGUAAAUAUCCAUUCAGCAGGAUAUUUCCACAUUUACCAACAGGUUGACAGCUUCACGUCUGCAUUGUGUAACACCAAAGCGGCCGCCGCGUCUUGGCCUCUUUCUCUCACGUGCUUUCCUAAUAUUGCUUGUUGAAACUGUAUUUCCAUGAGAUGAAUUCCAUGUCUGUGCAAUAUGUAACUUUUCCAGAGAAGUCUUUAUCAUUAGGCCUUGUUUGUGUAAUUUAACCAUUUGUGUGACCACUGGGUGUUUGUUUGAUCACUUUAAUUUGCGAGCGUUUGUGUUUUCAGUUAUUGGUUUUGUACAUGCGGCGCAGUUUUAGAGAGAUGAGACAUGAAUGUAUUCAGGUUCUUCUUCUAUGUUUGGGGAUCUUAGUCGGUACCUAAAGCUGAUAGCAUCAUGUGUCCAUGCAGCCGUCCUUCAUCCCGUUUUGCUUUGGAGAAAUAUCAUGUGACCAUUGAAUGGCAAAGCAAUCACUUUUGAAUAAACACGUUUUAAUGCAAA